AGUGUAAUGCACUCGUUUGGUGUAAUCUAAUUUAAUAAAGACAAUAAUGUGAUUAGACCAUAGUUAUAAGCGCUUACAAGAUUAUUACUAACUUAUUACUCGCCCUAUUUUUCUAGAGAGUAAUGUGAUCGCCUAAAUUUGUGCAAAAUGGGGGAUUCGGUUGAUGUUGAGGCUAAAGUCACACGCAAGACCCUAAUCAUGCCCAACUUGCCCAAGUCACUUUCAAUUGAAGAAAAAAAAUAUUUAUUGGCCAUUGAACGUGGAGACAUGGCAAAUGUUCGCCGAAUGUUGCAAAAAGCCCACCGGAAAAAAUCGUUUGAUAUUAAUUGUGUGGAUAGUCUAGGACGUGGUGCUUUAUCGAUUGCCAUCGACCAAGAGCAUCUCGAAAUGGUGGAACUCCUGGUGAUCAUGGGAGUGGAAACUAGAGAUGCUCUUCUGCAUGCUAUUCACGUAGAGUUUGUGGAAGCUGUUGAGCUUUUGUUGGAACACGAGGAGUUGAUCCACAAAGAUGGGGAGCCUUAUAGUUGGCAAAAAGUUGACAUCAACACUGCCAUGUUCACACCUGAUAUCACUCCCUUGACUUUGGCCGCCCAUCGAAAUAAUUACGAAAUUUUGAAAAUUUUGUUAGACAGAGGAGCGACUAUUCCGAUGCCACAUGAUAUCAAAUGUGGAUGUGAUGAAUGUAUCAAAGAAUCUGAAGAGGAUUAUUUACGACACUCGUUAGCGAGACUAAACGAGUACAAAGCUCUGGCAAGUCCGUCUUUGAUUGCACUUUCGUCAAGUGAUCCGAUUUUAACAGCGUUUCAAUUGUCGUGGGAAUUGAGGAAUCUGGCGUUUGCUGAACCGGAAUGUAAAUCCGAAUACAUGGACCUGCGCCGCCAAUGCCAACAAUUCGCUGUCGACCUCCUCCACCAAACUCGCAGCUCCCAAGAACUAGCGUUCAUCCUCAACCACGACCCAGCCGCCCCACCUUACGAAGAAGGCGAACACAUGAAACUUGCACGCCUCGAACUCGCCAUUCAAUACAAACAAAAAAAAUUCGUAGCCCAUCCAAACAUCCAACAACUCUUAGCCGCCAUCUGGUACGAAGGCGUUCCCGGAUUUCGGCGCAAAUCCUCAACCCAAAAAAUCAUGAUCAUUGUCAAAGUGGCCGUUUUAUUCCCCUUCUAUUGCAUGCUAUACAUGAUAACACCCGGAACGAAAACCGGGAAACUAAUGAGAAAACCCUUCAUGAAAUUCUUAAUUCAUGCCUCGUCCUAUUUGUUCUUUUUGUUUUUGUUAAUCCUGGUGUCUCAACGAGCCGAAGACCAAAUCAUCGAAUUGUUCGGAACCGAAAGCAUGAAACAAAACCUACAGGAAAAGUACCGAAAACAAAGGGGAAACCCCCCAACUAUCCUAGAAUAUGUUGUCUUGAUUUAUGUUAUUGGGUUCAUUUUCGAGGAAACUCACGAGAUUUAUGUGGAAGGAAUGAAAUCGUAUUUGCGUAACUUGUGGAAUUUUAUUGAUUUUACGCGAAAUUUUCUUUAUACGGCCGUUUUUUUGUUACGUGUGGCUGCCUAUAUCCAGCAAACUUCCGAAAUUGAAAAUGACCCUUUUACGGCAUAUAUCAGGCGAGAGGAGUGGCAAGCUUUCGAUCCGCAAUUGAUUGCUGAGGGGCUUUUCGCAGCCGCAAAUAUUUUCAGUGCCUUAAAACUGGUCCAUUUGUUCUCCAUCAACCCACAUUUGGGGCCGUUGCAAAUAUCGCUUGGAAGAAUGGUCAUAGACAUUGUAAAAUUCUUCUUUAUUUACACUCUGGUGCUGUUUGCUUUUGCCUGCGGUUUGAACCAACUCUUGUGGUACUUUUCGGAUUUGGAAAAGAAGAAAUGUUACCAUUUACCAAGUGGUGAAGCCGAUUUUGAUAAUGCGGCCGAUUCGUGCAUGAAGUGGCGCCGUUUCGCUAACGUUUUUGAGUCGUCCCAGUCGCUUUUCUGGGCCAGCUUCGGUAUGGUGGACCUCGCCAGUUUUGAGUUAACCGGAAUCAAAACUUACACGAGAUUUUGGGGCCUUUUAAUGUUCGGUUCUUACUCGGUGAUCAAUGUCAUCGUUUUAUUGAACCUUCUAAUAGCCAUGAUGUCAAACUCGUAUGCAAUGAUCGACGAACAUUCAGACACCGAAUGGAAAUUUGCACGAACCAAACUAUGGAUGAGCUAUUUCGAAGAAAGCGCUACUUUACCGUCACCCUUCAACAUCUUCCCCAAACCCAAACACUUGUUCAAACUUUUGGGCUUGCGCAAGAAAGACAAAAUACGAAAAAUGUCAACGAAGCGAAGAAAUCGCGAGGAAAAAGAACGCGAUUACAAAUAUACUGCCGUUAUGCGGGCUUUAGUUUGGCGUUAUGUCUCAGCAAUGCACCGAAAGCUGGAAGAAAACGCUGUGACUGAAGACGAUGUUAAUGAACUAAAGAGCGACAUUUCGUCGUUUCGUUAUGAAUUAUUGGAGGUGUUGCAGAAAAAUGGCAUGGAUAUUUCUUCGGCUGAAAUGAAGGAAAAGGCCGUUUUGGGCCGAAAAAUGAAAGUUUGGGAACGAAGACUGAUGAAGGACUUUAAAGUUGCGCCGGUUGUUACGGAAGAAGAGGAAGAAUUCAUCUACCAACCCCCUCCAGAAGGCGAAAACUCCCUAGCCAAGUUUCGGCGAAUCGCGAGAUUAGCUGUUGUUAACUCAAAUUUGAGUAAAUGGAGGCAGGUGGUCAAAGGUGCCUGCAUUGCGUCGCAGAUUGGCCACUGCCACAGUCGCGACUCGUUCAAAAAGCAGCAAAAUCUUCAAAGAGCGAUGGAAGAAGCGCGGAAAUUGAAAGUGAAAAGUCCGGAUCAGAGUCGCGCCACGACUCCGAUCCAACUUCCGGACACCACCGGAUCCAACAUCAUUAAAAUAAUCCGGGGAAUCACCCCCGAAACCGUCGAUACGAAAUAUUGCCUAACUCCCAGAGACAAGAGUCCUUUGAUUUCCAUUUCUCCACCGAAAACGCCGGAAAAAGAACCGGAUUUGAUCAACUUAGAGAGUGCCAAGACCUCGCCCGUUCUCCCAGUCAAGGCUAUGCCCUCUGAUGAUGUGUCGUUGGAAUCGGUUGAUAAAAUUAUCAACGACUCCAAUUCUCUAGAUGAUGAUAAAGUUAGAAGUUUGCCAACUUCACCAACUUCGAGUGACGAUAAAAGUUUGGAUAGUUUGAGCAAAAAAGCACUUUUCUCAUCGGGAAGUUUCACUCCCGAAGAAAAUGAGAAGAAAGAAGAAGAAACUGAGCCGAAAAAUGUCACUUUUAGUUUUGAUUUUAUCGAUGAGAGUAGUAAAGGGGAGAGUUCAGCCGAAAUAUUGAAGAAAUCAGAGGAAGAAACUGAAGAAAAUCUGGACAAAAGUGAUGAACCGGAACCAUCACUUGAAGAAACUAAGGAAGAAAGUGAAGAAGUACACGAUCUACCUGAAGAAACUGUUCAGGCAAAAAGCGAAGAUGAAGUUGAAGAGACAGAAAAUAACGAAAUAGAAGAACCUCAAGCCGACUUAGAAGAAAGUGAACCUCAAUUGGACGAGAAAGAAGAAGAAAGUCAGGUCAAAAGUGAAGAACUGACGGUAGAAGAAAAAGAAAUUCAAGUUGAAGUAGAAAAAGUUUGCGCCAAAUCGGUAGAUGAACUUGAAGCGCCAGAAAAAAAAGAAGAAGUUGAAGAAAAAAUAGAAAAAGAGAAGUCUCCACUGGCCGUCAGAAACAUCCAAAGAAUAGGAGACCGCGGUCGAAGACAGCCAAAAACUGGCUGGCUUUAAUUAUAUUAAUCAUUUGUACCCAUUUUCAAGUUUAUCAAACAUUUAUUAUGUAAAAUGUUGAAGGAAUAAUAAAAU